GAAAGAACAUUCCAGAACGGUCUCGCCUGGAAUCCAGAACCCUCUUGCAAAACCACAAAAGCUCGACUUUCUCCAAUUCGACAAUUCGAUCUACUGCAGUCUGUCUGUCUUCUUUCGCUUUCCUCUCCCAUGGCAGACGAAGCGAAGGCUAAAGGUAACGCGGCCUUCUCGGCUGGCCGUUUCGAAGAAGCAAUUCGCUAUUUCUCCGAAGCGAUUGAUCUUGCUCCUACCAACCAUGUCCUCUAUUCCAACCGCUCUGCUGCCUAUGCCUCUCUGCAACGCUACGCAGAGGCACUCGCGGACGCGCGCAAGACCGUUGAGGUCAAGCCCGAUUGGUCGAAAGGGUACAGCCGGCUUGGUGCCGCUCAUAUUGGUCUCGGAAACCAUGACGAGGCUAUUGCUGCUUACCAAAAGGGACUCGAUCUCGAUCCCAGCAACGAAGCGCUCAAGUCGGGACUCGCAGACGCGGAGGCUAAAGCGGCAGCCGCGCGGUCCCGGAAACCAGCAGUUUCUCCAUUCGGGAAUAUAUUUCAGGGCCCUGAGGUUUGGGCUAAGUUGACCGCUGAUCCAUCUACAAGGGCGUAUCUACAGCAGCCAGAUUUUGUCAAGAUGCUCCAGGAGGUUCAGAAGAACCCUAAUAACCUCAAUUUGUAUCUUCAGGACCAGAGGAUGAUGCAAGUGCUUGGGGUUUUGCUUAAUGUGAAAAUGCGGGAUCCUAACCGGGAUGAGAUGGAAAGUGACUUUCCCGAGCCUGAGAGGAGAAAGCCGCAGGCUGAGACAAGAAGUAGGUCGCCGCCGAAAACGGAGCCGGAACCGGAACCUAUGGAAUUCACGGAUGACGAGAAAGAAGCUAAGCAAAGAAAGGCAGAAGCUCAGAAAGAGAAGGAAGCGGGAAACGCGGCCUAUAAAAAGAAGGAUUUUGAGGCGGCGAUCAAACAUUAUACUAAAGCGAUGGAGCUUGAUGACGAAGACAUCUCUUUUCUGACUAAUAGGGCUGCUGUUUAUUUGGAGAUGGGGAAGUGUGAAGAUUGUAUAGCUGACUGUGACAAAGCUGUCGAGAGGGGCCGUGAACUUCAUUCUGACUUCAAAAUGAUUGCAAGGGCCUUGACUAGGAAGGGAUCCGCACUUGUUAAAAUGGCCAAGUAUUCCAAGGAUUAUGAACCUGCUAUUGAAACCUUCCAGAAAGCCUUGACUGAGCAUCGCAACCCUGAUACAUUGAAGAAGUUAAAUGACGCAGAAAGGGCUAAGAAAGAAGCUGAACAACAAGAAUAUUAUGAUCCAAAACUAGCGGAUGUGGAGCGAGAAAAAGGUAAUGAGUUUUUCAAAGAGCAGAAGUAUCCAGAAGCAGUGAAGCAUUACACAGAAGCAAUCAAAAGAAAUCCACAAGAUCCUAGAACUUACAGCAACCGUGCGGCCUGUUACACGAAGUUGGGGGCGUUGCCCGAGGCAUUAAAGGACGCAGAAAAGUGCAUCGAAUUGGAUCCAUCAUUUUCCAAAGGUUACACGAGGAAAGGUGCCGUUCAAUUCUUUAUGAAAGAAUAUGACAAAGCACUCGAAACAUAUCAGGAAGGCCUGAAGCAUGACCCUAAAAAUCCGGAACUUAUGGAUGGUGUGCGGAGUUGCAUUCAGCAGAUCAAUAGGACAAACAGGGGUGAUAUUAGCCCAGAGGAGUUGAAGGAAAGACAGGCAAAGGCAAUGCAGGAUCCUGAGAUACAGAACAUCUUAUCUGAUCCCAUAAUGCGUCAGGUUCUGGUUGAUUUGCAAGAAAACCCCAAGGCUUCACAGGACCACCUGAAGAACCCCCAAGUUAUGACUAAGAUUCAGAAGCUUAUUAGUGCUGGAAUUGUGCAGAUGAGAUAAAAAGAGAUUUAUGCACUUCUGCUAGUUCAAGUUUUUUAAUUAUGGGAGCCCAUGACUUGAACUGCCGCUUUUCGUUUCUAUUUUAAUGAUUUACGAGUGCUUAUUGAACUUUUGUUUUCAGGCUUUUUCAAGUUUCUGUUUUCAAAACUUGGUUGUAUGUAAUCAUUGAACCGGCCAUUUGGUAAGUUUCAUGUGGGUUUGAGUUACAAAAAUACCAGGAUUUAAACUUUGUUUCAGAAAUUCUUGCAGAAAUAGAAGAGACUUGUCCACAUUUAACCC